AUGUCUUCGCCUCUUUCGUCUAUUACCAAGCCACUUCAACUUCCACUUUCCUCUGCGACGCUAGCUGCGAUCAAUGGCUAUCUAUCAGAACUCCAACCAGACGAAAUUCUUCAAUGGGCAAUCGAAUAUCUUCCCGACCUCUAUCAGACGACAGCAUUCGGUCUGACAGGCCUGGUGGCUAUCGACAUGCUCUCCAAGAUCACCACUUCGCCACCUCCUCUCAUAUUCCUCGAUACCUUGUACCACUUCAAAGAAACCUAUGCGCUCGUAGACGAAGUGAGGGAAAGAUACAAUCAACCCAUACACGUGUUCAAGCCCGAAGGAUGUGAAACCAUGCAGGACUUUGAAGCCAAAUAUGGUGAGAGACUAUGGGAAGUCGACGAAAAUACUUAUGACUUUGCAGUCAAGGUUGAACCCGCACGGAGGGCGUAUGAUCAACUAGGUGUUAAAGCAGUCAUAACCGGCCGACGAGCAUCCCAAGGGGGUGACCGAGCGUCAUUGAAGCCGUUAGAGGUUGACUCAACAGGCCUUAUGAAGCUCAAUCCUCUCUAUGCCUGGCCCUUUGCAAUGGUAGAAUGGUACAUUACCGACAACAAAGUUCCCAAGAACAAGUUACUUGACCAAGGCUAUCGUAGCGUGGGAGACUGGCACAGUACGACAAAGGUUGCCCCUGGUCAGGAUGAGAGGGCCGGAAGAUGGGCCGGGCAGGAGAAGACAGAGUGUGGACUUCACAGAGAUUAUUUCGUGAUGGAGGCGGCGGCGAAAGCGCGUGAACUAUCGAUUCCGGCCGCGAUUGCCACCUCGGCAUAG